AUUUUCCACGACAAAUCACGCCAAAACAGUCAAAAUGCCUGGCAACCGUGUCACCUACCGUCGCCGUAACGGCUACAACACCACCUCCAACCGGACUCGUAUUGUCAAGACCCCCGGUGGUGAGCUGCGUGUCCUGCACAUCAAGAAGCGUGGCACUGCUCCCAAGUGUGGCGACUGCGGUACCAAGCUGCCUGGCAUCCCCGCCCUGCGACCCCGCGAGUACUCUCAGAUCUCCAAGCCCAAGAAGACCGUCCAGCGCGCAUACGGCGGUUCGAGAUGCGGCAACUGCGUGCGUGACCGUAUUGUCCGUGCGUUCCUGAUCGAAGAGCAGAAGAUUGUCAAGAAGGUGCUGAAGGAGCAGAGCCAGAACGAGAAGAAGAAAUAAGCAGCUGGCAUGACGACAGGAGGGUUCUUCGGUGGGAUGUGAUUUCGGUUUACGGAAACCGGACACGGCAAGGCGGAUUUUGGGCGGUGUCAAAACAGUUUUCUGCUCGGGAGUUCAUCUUGACCAGGGUAGUGGGAAAAUGGCUGCAUCUUGAAAUCACAAUCAAGACAGCACACACAUCAAAGGGGCGUCACCAAAACCGCUGUUUCUCUGUUCUUAGGGCUUGCUUUACCAGUGGAGCGUCUUGAUGAUCGAAAAUGAACAAGGCCAUCGAGUCGUGGAAAGAUACAUAUUGUGCC